UGAUCGCAGCGGAGGAGACGAGGGGGACAAGGGCGUGGCGAGGGCGUGGCAAGCGCUGUGAUUGACAUGAGACUGACAGGAAGGUGCGCCUCCAAGACAGGGACUUUGUCUUGGCAUGCGAUAUAACGCAAAGGACUUGAUCUGCGCAAACAGGAGCCCAGGCAAGCGACACACCGCCCGAGCCCACCGAGGGGAUCACAACAGCGACACCAGGUAGAGAAGACACAGGUUGAGAGCGAGACAAAGACAAAGUCGAGACACGCAGACGACGGUGAUGAAGAUGUUGGACGUGAAGACGGCCGUGAUUUUAGCAGUGCUGUGUGGGAGUGUCCAGGGCCUGGUCAAAUACGACUCCCUGUGUUCAUCCUCUACCCGCACGGUAGCUUUUUCUCCAGACGACAGGGACUGUAGGCUCUUCUACGAGUGCAACUGGUCCACCUGGAUCCCCAAGACGUGUGGUCCAGGGACAGUCUUCAACCCCACCUACAAUAUCUGCGACCACCCGUUCAAUGUCCCAGGAUGCGAGGGUACAAUUGCCACGUCGCCUUGCUCGUCCAACCCUUGUCUAAACGGAGGUGUGUGCUCUGCCUCUGGGAGUAAUUACACCUGUUCUUGUCCAUCCGGCUUCACUGGGACAACCUGCCAGACAAGUGUUUGCUCCCCCAACCCUUGUCAAAAUGGAGGUGCGUGCACAGCGUCUGGCUUUUCUUACACGUGCACCUGUCCUACAGGCUACAGUGGAAUCAACUGCCAGAUAGGUGUUUGCUCCCCCAACCCUUGUCAAAAUGGAGGUGUGUGCUCAGCGUCUGGCUUUUCUUACACGUGCACCUGUCUUAUAGGCUACACUGGAACCAACUGCCAGACAGUCUCCGGUCCUUGUUCCCCUAGUCCAUGUCAGAAUGGAGGAAGUUGCAGUGCCUUUGGGGCAAAUUAUUUGUGCGCUUGCCGUACUGGUUUUACGGGAUUCAACUGUCAAACAGUAACAGCUGCCAAUCCCUGCUCCUCUACCCCUUGUCAAAAUGGAGGUGUGUGCAUUGCUUCUGGGACUUCUUAUUACUGCAACUGUCCUUCAGGAUUUACUGGAGCCACAUGCCAGACAGUUGUCAAUCCCUGCUCCUCUGCCCCUUGUCAAAAUGGAGGUGUGUGCAUUGCUUCUGGGACUUCUUAUUCCUGCAACUGUCCUUCAGGAUUUACUGGAGCCACAUGCCAGACAGUUGCCCCUUGUUCUCCCAGUGCAUGUCAGAAUGGAGGAACCUGCUAUGUGUCUGGGACAAGUUAUUUCUGCGGUUGCCGAUUUGGUUUUACAGGGACCAACUGUCAGACAGUCAUUACCGCCUGUUCUUCUAACCCUUGCCUGAACGGUGGAGUGUGUUUCGUGACCAGCACCGGGUACACCUGCAACUGUCCCAGCAACUUCGUCGGCUCCAGAUGCGAAACAACUUCACUUACCUUUGCCUGCGGGUCCAACCCGUGUCAGAAUGGCGGCUCGUGUGUCCAGCAGCUGUCUGGCUACCUGUGCUUCUGUCCAACGGGCUUUAGAGGCGCCGACUGCGAAAUAGCAGGUAGCCCUUGCAGCUCCAAUCCCUGUCUGAACGGAGGUCAGUGCGUGACCUUUGGCACCGGGUACGCCUGCAGCUGUCCCGCGGGUACCUUCGGCGCCAACUGUCAGACAGCAACUUUAACAUCAACCGCCUGCAGUGUGAAUCCCUGUCAGAACAACGGGACCUGCCAGCUGGCCAGCAACACCCUCGGCUACGUCUGCCGCUGUGACAGCCUCCACACGGGUACCAACUGUCAGCUUCGUGUUCCCUGCUCCAGUGGGCUGUGCCUCAACUCGGGAACCUGUACAGACACCCCUCUUGGUUUCGUCUGCGCAUGCGCGUUUGGUUGGACUGGAAUAGCCUGUGACCAGCCGCAGCGGUGUUCCUCCGGCAACCUGCGAUGUGUGAAUGGCGGAGUGUGCGUGGACACGCCCCAGGGCUUCACGUGCAACUGUCCCAGCGGCUACUUAGGGCGGCAGUGCCAGAUCUGCGCCAGCGAGUACUGUCCCCAGUUCUCCAUCACCAUCCCCGCCGUGUUCCCCUACCCGACUUUGAGGACCGUCGCUACGUGUACGUCUGCAACGGCACCGGCCUGUACCACCAGCUGGCCUGCCCCAUCGACAAGAUCUACGACCCUCGACAAUAUGUGUGCGUGUGAUGAUAAGGCCACGUGAUCCCGUCACCACAACGUAGUGAAGACGCUUCCUCCUUAUCUUGUCGGUGCUUCUGUUUACGUCCUCCACCUCUCUACAACGUCAACCUCUUUCCUCCACUUUUAAGUGAAAACGGUUAUCAUUCGUGAUUAGAAAAUUUUUUUCAAAAAAUGAACAAACAGAAACGUAUUUCUUUUUUUUUUUUUCUUUUGAAAUUUUUUUAAAAGACAUUUCUUGCUAUAACUUUAUUACCAACCAUUAAAACAAAAGUAAGACUUGUGUUAACCCUUAAUUACUUAAUUAUCUCCGUUUUAACGCUGAUGACUGUUCUCAACCGUCUAUCAUUUCAUCUCCUGCCCCCUUCCUCAGGUCAUCUCUCCAAGCCCAUUCGUUCUCCGUCUUUUCUAGAAUGUUCUGUCGUCUGCUUGGGGUACACAGAGAAGCAGACGACAGGCAGUGGGACGUAGGUAGCGCUUACAUACUGUUCAUAAUAUGGUGGUGAAGUCGCCGUUGUUGUAGCCUUUGCACUUCUUUCAUCAGUGAAGGUCUUUUGUAUCGAGUUCUCUUUCAUUUUCAGCUUUUCGCUUUUCUAGUUUUUUUUUUUCAAAGAUAAAACUGAUGUAAUACUUGAAGGUAAAUACUUCUCUCCUUUCUUCUUUGUAUAUUAACAAAUGUUUUUUUUAUUAAAAUUACUGAGUCAGUAACCAAGUUCAAUAAAAGUCUUUAACAUUUUUCUGUAUAUAAUUGCCCUGAAAAGAUUAAUAUGCUGGAGUCUUUCAUUCUUUGAUAAAUUACUUCGCAAAUAAAUAUUUUACACUC